AUGUCUUGCCUUUACAUCACUUCAGUCUCAUCAUCCUCUGCGGUUUCCAUUUCCCGCAAAUCAAUACCCUUCACUGGUGCCCGUUCAGUCUCUUCAAGGCCCAGAGUCUAUUGCGCUCUUGGUGGGACUGUUGCAGAACCAAAACUUAUCACUGCAACUGAACCAUUGCUCCUUAAUGCUGUUCGUGGGGAAGAAGUGGAAAGACCCCCUGUUUGGCUAAUGAGACAAGCUGGGAGGUACAUGAAGAGCUACCAAAUUCUCUGUGAGAAGUAUCCAUCUUUUCGUGAAAGAUCAGAAAAUGUCAAUCUUGUGGUGGAAAUUUCUCUACAACCAUGGGAAAUUUUUAAGCCUGAUGGGGUCAUUUUGUUCUCAGACAUCCUCACCUCGCUAUCAGGGAUGAACAUACCUUUUGACAUCGUUAAAGGCAAGGGUCCUGUCAUAUUCGAUCCUUUACGAACAGCUGCUGAUGUUGAUCAAGUGAGAGAAUUUGUUCCUGCAGAAUCAGUUCCAUAUGUUGGGGAAGCAUUGACAAUCUUGCGAAAAGAGGUAAAUAACAAAGCAGCAGUGUUGGGAUUUGUUGGGGCUCCUUUCACCCUGGCAUCAUAUGUGGUUGAAGGUGGCUCAUCAAAGCAUUUUACCCAAAUAAAGAGGCUAGCUUUCUCACAGCCCAAGGUCCUCCAUGCACUACUGCAAAAAUUUGCAACCUCCAUGGCGGAGUAUAUCAAGUACCAAGCCGACAAUGGAGCUCAAGCCGUUCAGAUCUUUGACUCGUGGGCCACGGAGCUUAGCCCAGUGGAUUUUGAAGAGUUCAGUCUGCCUUACUUAAAGCAGAUAGUGGAUUCUGUAAAACUAACCCAUCCAAAUCUCCCAUUGAUCCUUUAUGCAAGUGGAUCAGGAGGUUUGAUUGAGAGACUGCCGUUGACGGGCGUUGAUGUGGUGAGCUUGGAUUGGACAGUUGAUAUGGCUGAAGGUCGGAGACGAUUGGGACCUGAUGUAGCGGUACAAGGGAACGUGGAUCCUGGCGUUCUUUUUGGCUCGAAAGAGUUCAUCACCAGUCGGAUAAACGACACAGUGACGAAAGCGGGGAAUCGGAAACAUAUUUUGAAUCUUGGCCAUGGCAUUGUAGUUGGUACACCAGAGGAAAAUGUUGCUCAUUUCUUUGAGGUUGCUAAAGGAAUCAGAUACUAA